AUGGAAGAAGAUAAUCAACAGGAUCAUAACAACCAGGUUGCCUUAAAAAUCGGUUUGAUUGGGGAUUCCCAGAUCGGCAAGACAUCACUAAUGGUGAAGUACGUGGAGGGUUCAUUUGACGAAGACUAUAUUCAAACAUUGGGGGUCAAUUUUAUGGAUAAAAAGAUACAGAUUAGAAACACCACUAUAACGUUCUCGAUAUGGGAUUUAGGAGGACAAAAGGAGUUUAUAAACAUGCUACCAUUGGUCUCAAAUGAUGCAGUGGCCAUAUUAUUCAUGUUUGAUCUAACAAGAAAGUCUACGCUAAAUUCGAUAAAAGAAUGGUACCGUCAGGUCAGAGGAUUUAAUAAGACGGCAAUUCCCUUUUUAGUGGGGACGAAAUAUGAUCAGUUUAUUGAUUUAUCAUUCCAAGAUCAAAUAGAGAUUACACAACAAGCAAAGAAAUUUGGAAGUGCAAUGAAAGCUCCAGUUAUAUUUUGUUCAACUAGCCAUUCUAUAAACGUACAGAAAAUAUUCAAAAUUAUAUUAUCGAAAGCGUUUGAUUUAAAGUUAAACCUUGAAGAAAUUGUUAACGUGGGGGAACCGAUAUUGAUAUAUAAGUAG